AUGGUGAAAUUUGGCCAGAUAAUAAUGGGACCUCCCGGUAGCGGAAAAUCUACCUAUUGUGCCGCAAUGGAAUACAAGUAUAAUUCUAUAGGAAGACACACAAUUAUAGUAAAUUUAGACCCUCAGGUGACUCCUGAAGAGCUUCCUUACAAGCCUACAGUUGAUGUUUGUGACUUGGUUGAUGCUUCAAAGGUAUCUGAUACCUUUGAACUAGGACCGAACGCAACUCUGUUAUACUGUAUGGAAUACCUUUUGGAGAAUGUAGACUGGCUAAUUGAGAAACUAUCGCCAUUUAAAGACUCUUAUAUAUUGUAUGAUAUCCCUGGUCAAAUUGAGCUUUUCACACACCACACAUCCCUAAGGGAUGUGAUUCAAAAGCUGGAAAAGAACGGACAUCGGCUGGUUGGAGUGAAUUUGAUCGACUCUACUCUUUGCGCGGAUCCGUACAAAUAUAUUGCCGCGUUGCUGUCAUCACUGAGUUGUCAGAUCUUUGUCCAACUACCACACGUUAACAUUUUGAGCAAACUUAGCCUUCUAAAGAUCGUCAAGAAGGAUUUAGCAUACAAAUUGGAAUAUUACACAGAGGCCAACGAUUUACAGGAACUUAUGGUCGUGCUGAGGAAUGGAAUCCACAUGCCGAACCAGGAGAGGUUCGAGAAGUUUACAUCUACUCUGUGCGAACUCAUUGAAGAUUUUAACCUGGUAUCAUUUGGAACGUUAGAUGUGCAAGAUAAUGAAUCUAUUGAGAGAGUAAUAAGGAUCAUUGAUCGCUCGAGCGGCUAUAUCGCUAAUUUGGGGGAUUCCUUCCCGCACAAUCGCAAUGUUUACGACUUUUCCUUUUCUAACAAUAUUACAGAUGAUGUUUACCUCAAAAACAAUGUCGCAGAUCUCCAGGAACGCUACGUAGAUUCCGACGAAUGA